AUGAAGGCAGGCAUGUCACUGGACGAUCCGUCCAGCAAACGUCAGGCAUAUCGGUUGAAAAAGCAGGAAAACAGGGAAGAACUUAAACAUGUUAGGAUCGAUGCAAGUGCGAAUUCUGAGAAAGUAGACUUGCCUAGAAAGAGAUUUUACCGUCAAAGAGCGCACUCCAACCCGUUUUCGGAUCACCAAUUGGAGUAUCCAGUGAGUCCCGACGAAAUGGAAUGGCAAAAGCUGUAUCCUCACUUUUUCGAUGUGGCAACGAAUAGAAUGACCAAGCAGGUAACAAUCGCUGAUAUUGGAUGUGGAUUUGGUGGCCUAUUGAUUGAUCUUUCGCCAGAAUUUCCACAAAAUCUGAUACUAGGAAUGGAAAUCCGCGUUCAAGUGACCAACUACGUUGAGGACCGGAUCAUCGCCCUACGAUCCAAUAAUGCCGAUACCAACGGAUACCAAAACAUCAGCGUGCUAAGAGGAAACUCCAUGAAGUUUUUACCCAACUUUUUCCACAAGGCCCAGCUAGAAAAGAUGUUUUUCUGUUUCCCCGAUCCACAUUUCAAGCAAAGAAAGCAUAAGGCAAGAAUAAUCACCAACACCUUACUGUCCGAAUAUGCUUACGUUUUGAAAGAAGGUGGGAUCGUUUACACGAUCACAGACGUGUUGGAUCUACAUGAAUGGAUGGUCAAACACUUGGAAGAGCAUCCACUUUUCGACAGGCUGUCCAAAGAGUGGGAAGAGAGCGACAAGUGCGUUCAAAUUAUGACCCAUGCCACUGAAGAGGGCAAGAAAGUAGAGAGGAAAAAGGGUGACAAAUACGUUGCUUGCUUCGUAAGACUACCAGACCCACCAAUUGUAUAA